ACGUAUAACCCGGACCAUCUUGGUUUGCGUUUAUUCUUUGUAAGUACGAUGGCAGUGUUAGCUUGACUGGCUAUAUCCCGACGAAAGACGCUUGUUUGUGUGAAAUAUGUGUGAUAAAAAUGUCCUUGCUAAAUCUCCCAGACUCUGAUCGACCAUCUCGGUAAGGAUUUCGCUUUUACGUGUUUGCUGUGAACCUCUGUGAUUAUUUCUAGCCGACAUUUGCAGUUCAUUCAGAUAAGCAAUAAGAGAAGGAAGCGGUGGUCACCAUGGAGCUAUAGUAGCAGAGAGAUGAGACCUGAUCAUCGUUUUUGGACACUUCCUCUGAUCUUGUUGUCCCGCCGAAGACAGAAACUGGAGGCAGUUUCAGAGUGGACCCAGAAAUACUCACCAAGCAAAAGAAUUGAAGAUCCAUCUUGUAUGGAGAAUCUCAAGUGGAACGAGGAUGUCUCAGAUGAUGAAGGUUGAAGCUGAUGAACCUGGAGGGGUCAGCUUGGAGUCUCCCAUACCUGCAGCAUCCACAUCAGGACACGAGGAGGAAGCACAAGACAACAAAGAUCUCAUGUUGCCACUCCAUCAGAUGUUGGUGAUUAAAGAGGUUCCUCAUGACUGGACCCCCAGUUUGGGCCAGCAGGACCCUGUCAACCCCCACAUAAAAGAGGAAGAGGAGGAGUUGUGGAUCAGUCAGGAGGAAGAGCAACUUACUGUGAAGAUUGAAGAUGAAGAGAAACCUCAAUUAUCAGUGAUCUAUCACAACAAAACUGAAGACAACAUGGAGGCGGCAGCUUUAACCAUUUGGUCAGUUGAACAGAUGGAAACGGAAUCUAAUGGAGAAGACUGUGGAGGACCAGAACCAGACUGGAACCAAGAUCCAGUUGAAAAUAAGAUAAAAGUUAAAUUAGGUACAAGAGGUAAAAGAGCUAAGAGUUCCAAACAUACAGCUCAGACUGGAGUCCAUGUAAGCGAGGAGCUAUUCGGUUGCAGUGUUUGUGGCAAAGGUUUCAAACAUAAGACUUCUGUUAAAAUCCAUAUGAUGAUUCACACUGGAAAGAGAACACAUUACUGUGGUCUUUGUGGGAAAGGAUUUAUUGGAAAGUGCCGUCUUCAGACACAUAUGCGACUCCACACUGGAGAGAAACCAUUUGUAUGUGAUUAUUGUGGUAAAGCGUUUCAUGCAAAGAACUUUCUUAAGACUCAUGCGAUAAUCCAUUCAGAAGAAAAACCUUUUUCUUGUGAGGUUUGCGGUAGAAGAUUUCAUAGAAAGGAUAGUAUUAAACAGCACAUGAGGAUCCACACGGCAGAAAAAACAUUUGUUUGUAGUAUUUGCAAUAGAAGAUUUGCACAAGAUGUUGUUCUAAAGAGACACAUGCAUGUUCACACAGGUCAUAAACAGUUUACCUGUAGUGUUUGCAGUAAAGGUUUUUCCCAACAAAAUGUUCUCCAGAGCCACCUGCGCAUUCACACAGGAGAGAAACCAUUUAUUUGUAGCAUAUGCAGUAAAGGAUUUUCCUUGCAAAAUGUACUAAAGAGACACAUGCGUAUUCACACUGGUGAAAAACCAUUUAUUUGUAGCGUCUGUAGUAAAGGAUUUUCACGGCAAGAGAAUCUGAGGAAUCACACGCGUGUUCACACUGGAGACAGACCGUUUGUUUGCACUGUUUGUUCUAAAAGAUUUUCACGACAAGGAUAUUUGAAAAAACACAUGGAGGUUCACACUUCACCAUUUAGCUGUAGCGAGUGUAGUGAACGCUUUGUGAAGGAAGUCCAGUUGGAGCGACACAUGAGGCUUCACACGGAGGAGAGGCCAUUUAGUUGUGACGUCUGUAAAAACAGAUUUUUUAGGAUGUGUCAUCUUAAAAACCACUUGAGAGUCCAUUCAGGAGAAAAACCAUAUGUUUGCAGUGUUUGUUGUAAAGCAUUUUCACAACAGAUUAUUCUAACAAGGCACAUGUAUGUCCACACAAGAGAGAAACCGUUUGUUUGCAGUGUUUGCAAUAAAUCGUUUUCACGACGUGGAGAUCUGAAGAGCCACAUGCAUGUUCAUGAAGAGUGCAACUAAUUGUGUUUUGGAAAAACAAAUUUUUCACAUUUUCCACUUUCUGUUGGCACACAUUCCGUCUUUAACCAGAACUUUUUUUCUUCAGUGAGUACAGACUCUUUAAACAAAGUUUGAUGUCGUCAACCAUUCAUCACAUCCAGGAUAAUUAUAAAAAGGUUAACUGUAGUGAGUUUUUUUUUAUAACUAAGCAAACUUAGAUUGGGUUCUAUCACAUCAACAGGCAGCUCUGUAGAAUUCCCUGGGUUAACCGCAUCAUGGGUUAUGUCACCUAAUUAUUGUAGAGCCUGUGCACACCUGUAAGAAAACAUUUAGCUGUAGUUAUGGUUUUAUUUCUGAAAAAGAUGCAUUGAAACCAGAGUUUUUAGUUCCAAUGUCUGUGGUAGAUUUGAGUAGAAAAGCCGUCCUGUUACUCAAAUGUUCAUGCACACAUGAGAAAUACCUUUGCUUUGUGAUUCUGGUGUAUAUUACAAUCCAUCAUUUAAAAAACUGUCUCCCAAUCAUGGCUAUGGACCACACUCAGCUUAAGGUUUUAGAUAUUGUCUUGCUUUAACUAACUGGUUUAAAUUUAAAUGACAUUUGAAGUCGCGUACAUAGUCUACUGUUAUGAAAUAUGCUAAAACCUAUUAAAUACAUAUUUCUAA